AAUUCUCUUCUACCGGGCUCAGCAGAGGAGCUGGAGGUGGCUGGACCCGAGGGGCCUCCACCGCUGCAAGUUUUCUGGGGCUCCUGACAAGCGGGGCACAGACUAGGCACCAGCAUGCAGAGUAAUAUGGUCCGGAAAAAGAACCCCCCUCUGAGAAACAUUGCUAGUGAAGGCGAGGGUCAGACCCUGGAGCCUGUAGGUACUGAAAGCAAAGUAUCUGGAAAAAACAAAGACUUUUCUGUAGAUCAGAUGUCAGAAAAUACGGAUCAGAGUGAUGCUGCAGAGCUAAGUAAUAAGGAGGAUCAGAACUUGCAUGUCCAAGAUCCAUCGUCUAGCAGUAAGAAGGACUUAAAAAGCUCAGUCCUCAGUGAGAAGGCUGGCUUCAAUUAUGAAAGCCCUGGUAAGGGAGGAAACCUUCCCUCCUUUCCGCAUGAUGAGGUGACAGACAGAAAUAUGUUGGCUUUCUCAUCUCCAGCUGCUGGGGAAAUCUGUGAUCCCUUGAAGUCUCCUCAAAGAGCAGAGGCAGAUGACCCUCAAGAUAUGGCUUGCACCCCAUCAGGGGAAUCAUCGGAGACAAAGGAAGAUCAUAAGAUGUCACCAACGGCUACAGAGGAAACAGGGCAAGCGCAGAGUGAUCAAGCCAAUUGUCAAGGCUCAAGCCCGGUUUCAAUGGCCUCAAAAAACCCACAAGUGCCUUCAGAUGGGGGUGUAAGACUGAAUAAAUCCAAAACUGACUUACUGGUGAAUGACAUCCCAGACCCGGCACCUCUGUCUCCAGAGCUUCAGGACUUUAAAUGCAAUAUCUGUGGGUAUGGUUACUAUGGAAACGACCCCACAGAUUUGAUUAAGCACUUCCGAAAGUAUCACUUAGGACUGCAUAACCGCACCAGGCAGGAUGCUGAGCUGGACAGCAAAAUCUUGGCCCUUCAUAACAUGGUGCAGUUCAGCCAUUCCAAAGACUUCCAGAAGGUCAACCGCUCUGUGCUUUCUGGUGUGCUGCAGGACAUCAAUUCUUCAAGGCCUGUUUUACUAAAUGGGACCUAUGAUGUACAGGUCACUUCAGGUGGAACAUUCAUUGGCAUUGGACGGAAAACACCAGAUUGCCAAGGAAACACCAAGUACUUCCGUUGUAAAUUCUGCAAUUUCACUUAUAUGGGCAAUUCAUCGACUGAACUAGAACAACAUUUUCUUCAGACUCACCCAAACAAAAUAAAGGCUUCUCUCCCCUCCUCUGAGGGUGUGAAACCUACUGAGAAAAACUCUAACAAAUCCAUCCCUGCACUUCGUUCCAGUGAUUCUGGAGACUUGGGAAAGUGGCCGGACAAAAUCACAGUCAAGACUGGCGAUGACACUCCCAUUGGUUACUCAGUGCCCAUUAAGCGCCUCGAUUCCUCGAGACAAAAUGGUACAGAUGCCACCAGUUACUACUGGUGUAAAUUUUGUAGUUUCAGCUGUGAGUCAUCUAGCUCAGUUAAACUGCUAGAACAUUAUGGCAAACAGCAUGGAGGAGCUCAGUCAGGCAGCCUUAAUCCAGAAUUGAACGAUAAGCUUUCCAGAGGCUCUGUCAUUAAUCAGAAUGACCUAGCCAAAAGUGCAGAAGGGGAGUCCGUUUCCAAGGCAGACAAGGGCUCUAGUGGGGUUAAGAAGAAGGACUUCUCCAGCAAGGGAGCCGAGGAUAACAUGGUGACAAGCUACAAUUGUCAGUUCUGUGACUUUAGAUAUUCCAAAAGCCAUGGCCCUGAUGUCAUUGUAGUGGGACCGCUCCUUCGUCACUAUCAACAGCUUCAUAACAUUCAUAAAUGUACCAUUAAGCACUGUCCAUUCUGCCCCAGAGGCCUCUGCAGCCCAGAAAAGCACCUUGGUGAAAUCACUUAUCCGUUUGCUUGUAGAAAAAGUAAUUGUCCCCACUGUGCACUCUUGCUUUUGCACUUGUCUCCUGGGGCAGCCGGAAGCUCGAGAGUCAAACACCAGUGCCAUCAGUGCGCUUUCUCCACUCCUGACGUGGACGUGCUCCUCUUUCAUUAUGAGAGUGUGCAUGAGUCCCAAGCAUCAGAUGUCAAGCAAGAAACAAAUCAUCUGCAAGGAUCAGAUGGGCAGCAGGCUGUCAAGGAAAGCAAAGAACACACAUGUACCAAAUGUGAUUUUAUUACCCAAGUGGAAGACGAGAUUUCCCGACACUACAGGAGAACACACGGCUGCUACAAAUGCCGCCAGUGCAGCUUCACAGCUGCUGAUACUCAGUCACUACUAGAUCACUUCAACACUGCUCACUGCCAAGAACAGGACAUCACUACAGCCAACGGUGAAGAGGACAGCCAUGCCAUCUCCACCAUCAAGGAGGAGCCCAAAAUUGACCUCAAGGUCUACAGUCUGAUAAAUCCAGACUCUAAAAUCGGAGAGCCAGUUUCCGAGAGUAUAGUAAAGAGGGAGAAAGUCGAAGAUAAGGAUGGACUUAAAGAGAAAGUUUGGACUGAGAGUUCCAGCGAUGACCUUCGCAGUGUGACUUGGAGAGGGGCAGAGAUCCUACGGGGUAGUCCAUCAUAUACUCAAGCAAGCCUAGGGCUUCUGACGCCUGUGUCUGGCACUCAAGAACAGACAAAGACUCUAAGGGAUAGCCCCAACGUGGAAGCUGCCCAUCUGGCAAGACCUAUUUAUGGCUUGGCUGUCGAGACCAAGGGAUUCCUGCAGGGGGUGCCAACUGGCGGAGAGAAAUCUGGGGCCCUCACCCAGCAGUAUCCUGCAUCUGCAGAAAGCAAGUCCAAGGAUGAAUCCCAGUCCCUGUUACGGAGGCGGAGAGGCUCCGGUGUUUUUUGUGCCAAUUGCCUGACCACAAAGACCUCUCUCUGGCGAAAGAAUGCAAAUGGCGGAUAUGUAUGCAACGCGUGUGGCCUCUACCAGAAGCUUCAUUCGACGCCCAGGCCUUUAAACAUCAUUAAACAAAACAACGGUGAGCAGAUCAUUAGGAGAAGAACAAGAAAGCGCCUUAACCCAGAGGCACUUCAGGCUGAGCAACUCAACAAACAGCCAAGGGCUAACAGUGAGGAGCAGGUCAAUGGAAGCCCCUUAGAGAGGAGGUCAGAAGAUCACUUAACUGAAGGUCACCAGAGAGAAAUUCCGCUCCCAAGCCUGAGUAAAUAUGAAACCCAGGGUUCAUUGACUAAAAGCCAUUCUGCUCAGCAGCCAGUCCUGGUCAGCCAAACUCUGGAUAUUCACAAAAGGAUGCAACCUUUGCACAUUCAGAUAAAAAGUCCUCAGGAAAGUACUGGAGACCCAGGAAAUAGUUCCUCUGUCUCCGAAGGGAAAGGAAGUUCUGAGAGAGGCAGUCCCAUAGAAAAGUACAUGAGACCUGCAAAACACCCAAAUUAUUCACCACCAGGCAGCCCUAUUGAAAAGUACCAGUACCCACUUUUUGGACUUCCCUUUGUACAUAAUGACUUCCAGAGUGAAGCUGAUUGGCUGCGGUUCUGGAGUAAAUAUAAACUCUCCGUUCCUGGGAAUCCACAUUACUUGAGUCAUGUGCCUGGCCUACCAAAUCCUUGCCAAAACUAUGUGCCUUAUCCCACCUUCAAUCUGCCUCCUCAUUUUUCAGCUGUUGGAUCAGACAAUGACAUUCCUCUAGAUUUGGCGAUCAAGCAUUCCAGACCUGGGCCAACUGCAAACGGUGCCUCCAAGGAGAAAACCAAGGCACCAUCCAAUGUAAAAAAUGAAGGUCCCUUGAAUGUAGUAAAAACAGAGAAAGUUGAUAGAAGUACUCAAGAUGAACUUUCAACAAAAUGUGUGCACUGUGGCAUUGUCUUUCUGGAUGAAGUUAUGUAUGCUUUGCAUAUGAGUUGCCAUGGUGAGAGUGGACCAUUCCAGUGCAGCAUAUGCCAGCAUCUUUGCACGGACAAAUAUGACUUCACAACUCAUAUCCAGAGGGGCCUACAUAGGAACAAUGCACAAGCGGAAAAAAAUGGAAAAUCUAAAGAGUAAAACCUUAGCACUUAGCACAAUUAAAUAGAAAUAGGUUUUCUUGAUGGGAAUUCAAUAGCUUGUAAUGUCUUAUGAAGACCUAUUAAAAAAA